GCAAAAAUCCGUCUUAAAAAAAGCGGUAAACAAAACCCAAAGGGAAGCUUUGCUUAGACCCCAGUAUUGGGUUGGGUUCCCUGCACUCCAGCUUGUGGCUCGGAUUUGGGAAUCAGAAUGAAAAUCGCAGUAGAAGGUUGUAUGCAUGGCGACCUCGACAAUGUCUACAGAACCCUCCAACACUACGAAAAACUUCACAGCACCAAAAUCGACCUUCUCCUCUGCUGCGGCGACUUUCAGGCUGUGAGGAAUGAGAAGGAUUUAGAGAGUUUAAAUGUGCCUCGAAAAUAUCGGGACAUGAAGACCUUCUGGAAAUACUAUUCCGGCGAGGAAGUUGCUCCGUUCCCCACAAUAUUCAUCGGUGGAAAUCACGAAGCUUCUAAUUAUUUGUGGGAACUGUAUUAUGGAGGGUGGGCAGCACCUAAUAUAUACUUCUUGGGGUUUGCUGGGGUAGUCAAGUUUGGAAACAUUCGAAUUGGUGGGCUGUCUGGAAUUUACAACCGGCACAAUUAUUGCAAAGGGCACUAUGAGAGGCCUCCUUAUAAUGAGAGUACUAUCAGGUCCAUAUAUCAUGUUCGUGAGUAUGAUGUCCACAAACUCAUGCAAGUUGAGGAACCAAUUGAUAUUUUUCUUUCACAUGAUUGGCCUGUUGGAAUCACUGAUUGUGGGGACUGGAAGAAACUUGUUCGGGACAAACCUUUUUUUGAGAAGGAGGUUCAGGAAAGAAAUCUUGGGAGUAAACCAGCUGCUCAAUUGCUAGAAAAACUGAAACCACCUUAUUGGUUUUCAGCUCAUCUACACUGCAAAUUUGCUGCUCUUGUUCAGCACGAGGAAGAUAUUUCAGUGACAAACUUUCUUGCCCUUGACAAGUGCCAACCAGGACGCAAAUUUCUGCAGGUUAUUGAAAUUGAAUCUGAGCCAGGCCCUUAUGAAAUCCAGUAUGAUGAAGAAUGGCUAGAAAUAACUCGGCGAUUUAACUCUAAUUUCCCUCUCACAAAUAGAAGUGCAAAUUUUUGGAAUGUACAUCUUGACAAGCAAGAUUGUCGUCAAUGGGUCAGGAGAAAUUUACAAGCAAGAGGGGCUAGACCUUUUGAAUUCACCCAGACAGCUCCACCUUACAAUCCCUCUAACUUUGUCCCGAGCGGUACCUUUCCUGAAUACACUCGGAAUCCUCAGACAGAAUCUCUUUUGCAGUUUCUGGAACUUCCUUACCUUCUUGAUAACACGUCAGAAUCAUCACAAGUACCCAGGAGUCCUCUUCCAUUGAUCCGUACAGGUUCUCUUGAAGAUAACAGUGAAGACCUUGCUGAAGAUGCGACCAAUAUGGAGAAAAGACCAACAGCCUUCUUUUACACACAUGGUGUCUUCUUUGUGUGGUUAUGUUUAGCUGCUUCUGCUUCUUGUGAUGAGCUCACAUUGAGUUUCUACUCAGCUUCAUGCCCUUCUGCUGAGCUCAUGGUCAGAAACACAGUCAGAUCAGCUUCUGACAUGGACCCUACCAUCCCUGGGAAGCUUCUUCGCUUGCUCUUCCAUGAUUGCUUUGUGGAGGGUUGUGAUGCAUCUGUGCUUCUACAAGGAACUGGGACUGAGAGAAGUGAUCCAGCAAACACAUCUCUGGGAGGCUUUUCAGUGAUUGAUUCAGCAAAAAGACUGCUUGAAAUUUUCUGUCCAGGAACUGUUUCUUGUGCUGACAUUGUUGCUUUGGCUGCUAGAGAUGCUGUUGAAAUUUCUGGGGGACCUGUAGUUCAGAUUCCAACUGGUAGGAGAGAUGGAAAGGUUUCUGCAGCUUCAAAUGUCAGGCCUAAUAUUGUAGACACAAGUUUUACAAUGAAUGAGAUGAUUAAGCUCUUCUCAUCUAAAGGGUUGUCUUUGGAUGACCUUGUCACCCUAUCAGGAGCUCACACUAUUGGAUCAGCUCAUUGUGGUGCAUUCAGUGACAGGUUCCAACAAGAUUCCAAAGGCAAACUCAAACUCAUUGACACAUCCUUAGACAACGCUUAUGCAGAGGAGCUCAUGAGACAGUGCCCUGCGGGCGCAAAUCCAUCUACAACAGUCAAAAUUGAUCCUAACACUUCGUUUGCGUUCGAUAAUCAUUACUACCAAAAUCUCUUAGCCCACAGAGGGCUAUUUCAAUCGGAUUCCGUCCUGUUAAGUGAUGACAGAACAAGGAAGCUAGUGGAGAGUUUUGCACAGGACCAAGUUAUUUUCUUGGAGAGUUGGGCUCAGUCAUUCUUGAAGCUUGCUAGCAUUGGCGUCAAGACUGGUGAAGAAGGCGAAAUUCGAGCCUCUUGUCCAACAACUAAUGCAUGAAAGAAUGAAAAAUAGUUGCAAAUUUGCAAGUUCUUACUUUGAAAGUGUUACGUCCUCAAUGCCACAAGUUGCUUAAAAUUAAAACAACUUUAAGAUGCAUUUGUAAAAAAUUUAUAUUGUUUAUGUUACAUUAAAAUUUACAAGAGUUCUUUA